AGAACUGCAGCACAGCAUUGACAUUCAGAUUGCUAAACAUAUAACAUCUUAAUAACAGUGAUAGGGGGACUUCUUUACAGAUAUCUUUUCCCCCUCAGACUAAUAUCCUCUUCAAGGGCUAUCAUGAAAAUCUCAGGAGAUCUGCAGUUUCACCGAUACUCAAAUCUGUCAGACUGGUAACAAGAAGCUCCUUGAUUUAAUGUGAGGACAUCAUUUUAAAUGUCUGCAUCAACACUGAGACGUGAGACCAAAGAAAACUCCUCCUGAGAAACAAAAGUAACAGCAAAUCUGCACACACAAAAAGACAUGGCAAGCUUUUUGGAGGAUAUGGGCUUGGAGAAGCACUACUACCGGGAGAAAUUAUCAUUGAGCUCAAUACUUAAGAUAGAUGAGAAGGCCAUUACUGAUGAACCAGCCAAGUGUAAAUCAGAUCUUCCAUGGUACUUUCUAAAGAAACUGAUGAUGGUUAAUGUGACAGCUAGAAAUGUGACAUGUAAAUUAGUGUGUGAGUCAAACUGUCACGAUGAAUCAGGCAGUAUGGAGUUCGAUUUUGAAAAUCUGCUUGAUAGUGAAACUUCUGCUGACGCGGUAAACCCUCUUGACAUCAUCACUGCUCUCUUUCUGUCUUCUGAUGGUUUUGUGCAGCAGGAAAUGGCACUCAAAAUGUCCAUGUGUCAGUUCUCUGUUCCUCUGCUGCUUCCAAAUAGUGACGCAAACCAAUGCAUACUCAUGCUGUGGGCCAUGAGAGACAUUGUUAAAAAGUACAGACCUCACUCUCUUUUGGAAUCCAAGGGCUUCAUUGAAGACAGAAUCGUUCUCUCUGAACUUCCCAUGAUCUCUUUUGUCAGACUGGGUGAGUGCUCCUUGUCCAAGUCAGAGAUUCUUAAUAAGCUUCUGAGCAAUUCUCAGCAGUACCAUGACACCUUUGUUCACCACAACAUGAAGUGUGGUGACAGUCCAAGAAGAAUAUCCAACGGACUGACUGAAAUUACUUGGUAUCUUCCUGGUGGAAACACAAACAUUGAUAUUUUCAGUCAGCCAGUGGCUGUAGCUAACCUUCGUGGGGACAUUGCUUUACUUGAAACACAAUACUCCUUUUUGUGUCAGACAUCUGCAGCAGUCUUUGUGUUUUUUGACAACUUGGAAUCUGAGUGUAGUCUGCUUGCCAAUAAAAAAAAUAAGGCACAAAUUUUCUUGGUGGGCAACCAUCAAAGCAAGAGUUUCAAUGUAGAUUCUUUAAAAAAGGCAGCAACCAAGUUAGGUUUGAACAAGAGCAACGUCAUUAUUAAAACAAAGCAAAAAAAUGAUGCAGACUUUGUCCAGUUAUUGCGGGAAAUAGUUAGGGGUGUAGUUGAGAACUCUACGAUGAAAAUGGCAAUAGAGCAGAUGGCAGACAUUGCCCAUGAACUUGGAAUCCUGGUUGAUGAAGACUCUCCAGAAUGUCAGGCUGCAAAGACAAAUGCAGAAGCCAUCACUGAGGAAAUUAAAGACAUCCUUAAAUACAAAGAAGAGCAGCUUCCACGGCAAGGCCAAAUAUGGAAAGAUCUGACAUGCCUAGAAAAGGAAGAAUUUCGACUUCGAAAAGUUGGGGCAAAAGACCUGGAAAAAUACAAAGAUGACCUGAAAUUACAGAAAGAAGAACUACGGAAAGUGCAGAAUUCCUGUGACAUCUCAGAAGCUAUGAUGUGUUUCAUACGUGCAAUAACAAGCCCUGGAACAGAGAGGUUUUAUUUUCUGAAAUGGAUGCGAAUGAACCUUGAUAAUGUGUCGCGUGUAAAAUUGGGUGGUCUCAGGGAGAAAUAUAAAGAAAAAUCGAAGAAUUCUGAGAACAAAGAGGAGAUCAAGGAAAUUGACAGACAGCUUUCCAACAGCUCUCUGGGGACUGAACACUUCUUCCGUGAAAUGGGUCAGAUCUAUGAAGCCUCACUGUCCCUUCCACAAACAGAUCGAGCUCGUAAACAGUUGCAGCAUCUGCCCAAACUGUGUGCAGAGUUGUUACUUGAUGGAUUUCCUCUUGAGCUUGUAGAUGGAGAUGCAUCCAACAUCCCUCUCAGAUGGGUGAGUGAUGUUCUCUCUCAGCUCAGUGACUUGGUGUCUCCAAACACAAAGAUCCUGGUAGUCACAGUUCUUGGAGUUCAGAGCACAGGAAAGUCCACUCUCCUUAACACCAUGUUCGGAGUGCAGUUUGCAGUCAGCAGUGGUCGAUGUACUCGAGGUGCCUUUAUGUUGCUCAUCAAAAUCCAAAAAGACAUGAAAAAAGUCCUAAACUGUGACUUCAUGGUGAUCAUUGACACUGAGGGCUUAAAGUCACCAGAACUUGCACAACUGGACAACAGCUAUGAGCACGACAAUGAGCUUGCAACACUUGUUGUGGGGCUGAGUGAUAUCACCAUUAUCAAUAUUGCAAUGGAGAAUUCAACCGAAAUGAAGGACAUCCUACAAAUAGUUGUGCAUGCUUUUCUCAGAAUGAAGGAGGUGGGAAAAAAGCCUAAAUGUCAGCUGGUCCACCAAAAUGUGUCCGAUGUUUCAGCCCAUGAGAAGAACCUACGAGACAGGAAACUGCUCCUGGAACAGUUAAAUGAGAUGACCCAGGCAGCAGCCAGAAUGGAAAAGAAAGAGGAGAACAAGAGCUUCACUGAUGUGAUGGAGUACAGUCCAGACACUGGGAACUGGUACAUUCCUGGACUCUGGAAUGGAAACCCACCAAUGGCACCAGUCAAUGCAGGCUACAGUGAGGCUGUAUAUGAGCUCAAGAAAAACAUCAUCCAACAACUGAAAAACUGUGAAUCAUCUGCUAAUAAUAUUAUGGAUUUUAAUGUGUGGAUGACAAGUCUGUGGAAUGCAGUAAAGCGAGAAAAUUUCAUCUUCAGCUUCAGAAACAGCCUUGUAGCUGAUGCGUACAUGAGACUCUGCACAGAAUUCAACAAAUGGGAGUGGGAAUUCAAAAAAGAAAUGUACACCUGGGUAACAAAUGCAGAAACAAGAAUCUCCAAUUUUGGUACAGCUGCUGCAAAAUCUGAAUCCUCUGACAUGACAGAAUUUCUCACAUCUUUGAAAACUGAAGCCUCCACAGUGCUGUCCAAAUGGGAGACAAAGCUUCUCAAAAAUCUGACACAGUAUUUCAAGCAAACAGAGGGUCAUGUCCAUCUAGUUGAAGGAUACAGAGAGGAAUUCUCAAACAGUGCAAAGAGCCUUCGGAAAGAAAUCGAGAGGUCUGUUUUUAAUCAGCUCACAGCAGCAGCAGAAAUCAGACAGGGGAUGACUGAACUUGAAAAAAUCAAGGAAAAUCAUACAAAAGAAAUUGAAAAGGCAGUUUGUGCACUAAUUGAUGAAUGCAGGAAAAAGAAUUUCCAGAUGACAGACAAAGAGCUGGACAAAGAGUUUGAUAAGAUGUGGAAAAAGACUGUGCAAAAACUUUCUUUUGUAGAACAAAAAACCAAAACUGUCAUCACCAGCGUAGCCUACUAUCUACGAGAAAAUCUGAAAAAUCGGGGUAGUCAUGCAUGCGAACUACUAGAUGAAAAAAGAUUAAAGGACUGUGGUCUGGUGCCUUUCAAAUAUACAGUUGGAGCCCUCCAACAAAUAAAACAUACAGUGAGCAAGUGGUUCACCAACCAGGAUCACAUAAAGGCUGGACAAAACCUUGCUGACAGCAUCAUCAAUGCUUGCACUCAGUUUGUGAGUGAAAAAGUGAAGAGAAAAAGCAAUUACUCAGAGACUUACAUCCAGGAAAUCCUAUACAUGAUUGAUACAAAACUGCAGAACAAUCAAGAGAUUAAAACAGACAUUGAGUUUGAAGUUUCUCUAAAGCAACACAUCUGUGGAUUUACAGCCAAAAAGUUUCAGAAAAUGCACGAAGAUUUCAUGCAAGAAAAUGAUCCUUAUAGAUGUCUAAUGAAUCGCAGGGAAAAGCUUUGUGCUGAUUUCAAAGAUGUUUUCCAUCAACGAGACCAGUGUCAAAAGAAAGCAGAAGAAUUUACCAACCGCUGCUUAAAGCCUGCAGUUGAAGACUUUGUCAAACGCUCCCUGGGUCCUGACAUCAUUGGUGAAAUGCUGACGUGUGAGAAUUUCAGCACACGAAUCUCCUUCCAGUAUUCAGUUUUAUUGGAUUUGCUUUCAAAGGGUGACUUUAACAACUAUCUGAGCUAUAUUUGCUCAUAUGAGAAGUAUGUAAAGACAUGGAUACUCAACCAAAUCCUGAAGCACUUCUCAACUCCGUCAGCAGCAUUUCAGUUUGAAGACCGACAUCUACAGUCAAGUAUAAGGAGCAUAGAUGAUGCCAUCAACAAGGCCAAAACAGGAAAUAGUGAUAACUUGGACAGAUUUGUUAAAGAGAUUUGUAAAGAACUUGGUGAUAAACUGAUCAUUUCCCAGGAUGCGCUUGGUGCUUUCAUGAUCCUGAAUAAUGCCAACAAGGAACAGUUUGCUGAGUGGCUCACAGUGUCUGUGAAUGAGAUGGGAAAAGCUCUUAGAGAGAAAUUUAAAGAAUCACCAUUUGAAACAAAAUUACAGUAUCUCCAUGUGCAGCCCCAGAAUGAGCUUUUUAACAGGUUAAUUGGUUGUGGCAAACAAUGUCCAUUCUGCACUGCUCCUUGUGAAGCAGGAGGAGGAGCCCAUACUGAGCACUUUGCCUCACUGCAUCGAUCAAGGGGUCUAGGCAGGCGCAUAUGGGAAACUACAAAUAAACUUGUCACUGAUGUAUGCACCUCUGCUGUGAACAGUGACGUGCAUUUUCGCUGCAGUGCUACAAACAAUGAAUGGCACCCUUAUAAGCGUUACAAGGAAAUUUACCCAGACUGGAGAAUUCCUCCAGAUGUGAGCCUUGAAGCAUCAGAUUACUGGAAAUAUGUAAUGACAAAAUACAACAGGAAGUUUGCCGAAGAAUAUAAUGGGGAGCCUGCUGAUAUUCCUCUAUCCUGGAAAUUUAUAACAAAAAAGCAGGCAGAAAUGAGCCUCAAAGAAUCAUUUGGGAUAAAAUGAAUGACAAAAAAAAAUUCCUUGUCACUUUCUCCUACUGCGUGAAGGAAACGUUCCAGAUAUUAUGAUUUUGCCUUGGUUUAUGAUGUAGAAGAAAACAUUAUAUAAAACACAGUUUGAGAUAUUGUUAGGGUACAUAGCACGUAUUGCAACUCUUUAUGAUUUUUUGAGAUUGCAGUAAACAGAUUUAUUAACAAAAAAAUCUACUUAGUGUUUGGUUUAGUUUUUUCAUUUCUUUUUUUUUCAUUUUAAAUCUUAAAUAUGCUGCAAAUGCAACUAUCUUUCUUUUCAUUUAAUAAAUGCAAUCUAGGAGUUUCUGUUCAUUGCUUUUAUUGAUUUUGGGCAAAUAUUUACAUUUACAGUUUGAAUAGAUAACCAGCUGAAAAUAAACAAAACAUUAAUCAUUUAAAAAUAUUUCUUUAUUUCCAUAAGCUAUCUGAUGUCAAAUAUAUACAUAUUCAUUUUUCAGAAACGUAUUUGUUCUAUAUAAAAAGGCUAUUUGUAAUUGCAUUUUGCAAUUUAUUUACAUAGAAUUUGUAAUGUUUUUGUUUCAUCAUUAAGACAACAUUUAGACUAAUGAUGUCAAAAACAGAGUCACUUAUUGUGUAACACAUUAAUUUUCUUUACUUCUGCUAAUGCAAUUAAUUAUCCCCCUGUUUUUUUUUUUUGUUGUUGUUGUUGUUGAUUUACUUUAACAGGAGCUAUUUGUUCAAAAAUUUGUUUAGAAUCACAUUGCCAAUCAAGUCUUUAGUUUAUCAAUUGAAGAAAAAGGCAUACGAAAAAGAUGACCGCCACAAAUUUGCACUUGUGAAAGUGUCUGUUACCAUCUUUGUCUUUUUGGCUUUGCAUAGCACAUGAUUCAGGAUUUCAAAAUGAUCACAGUUAUUUAUUUUAAGUUUUGCUGUGCAUGGCUUUAAUUUUCACCUGUUGACAUACAAACAAAUGAUAUCCAACCCCAGCCCACGCAGGACUGGCAAUCUGGCAUGCUGGGCAUCUAUCUUCUUCGUGUGCUCACGUACCUUGUGGAACAGAAUUUGGUUAAAGAAGUGCUGAAAGGAAAAUGUGUCAAAUUAACCAAAAUGCUAGCUGUCACAGGAGACUGCUGUUGCUAGUACUAGCUGUGGAGAAGUGCGGAAAAAAUUGUCACAUGCUGCAGUGCUGCUAAGAUGUCCAAACCCAGCAACAACUGUACCAACCUGAUUAAAGCCUGUCCCAGUCAAGCCUUGGCCUCAACUGUAUGAAGCAUGAAACUUAUUGUUAGGGUGCAUACCACAUACUGCAACUCCUGCUCAUUUUUUCUUGAGACUACAUUUAACAAGUUCAUAAACAAGUAAUCUGCUUUUUUUCCUUUUUUUUUUUGUUUUUUGGAGUGACCGAUUUAAGGCUCGAUUUAAUGUUCACUGUUUUACAAGUUCUUUCCAUGUAUAAAAAGCACAAAAAGUAAGGAAAUUUGUAUUUGAUGGAUUAUCUCUUUGUUGUAAAAAUGGUUCCUGACAAUAAAUUGUAUACCGUU